AUGGAAGAUAGCUCAGAGGACGACCUGAUCACCUUGAAAGACCCGACGCCUUCUCUGCCUCCCACCGACAUAUCCCUGGUGCGGUUCGCAGAUGACUUGGAGAGGCCUUCCCAGGAGGUUCUCUUUAGACUAUUUUCCUCUGCCACACUAAAGGAGACUUUUUACCCCGUCGAACAUAUCGUCAAUCUGCCCCGCUCCCCGAAUUCAGAAGCGUUAUCCUUCUCUUGGAUUUUGCAGGAUCAGAUCUUUCUCCACAGCAUCUUGUUCUGCUCCUCAGCGAUUCAAGACCGUACAAAAUACGCGCCUUCAGGAAAGCUCACGCAAUUCCACUUGCGACGCACCAUUUCUCUGCUCAACAAGUCCCUGUCCCAGAAGAACUCGCACGAGAACGAGGCCAUCUUCCAUGUCAUCUUGACACUGGCAAUGAUCGCGAGCUUGUGGGGCGACUUUAACUCUGCCGCUGUACACUUGUCAGGGCUGCAACAGAUCGUUCGUCUACGCGGGGGACUUGAAUACCUUCAUAGGUUUCCCAAGUUGCAUUUCAAGCUUGAUCGGCUUGCUCUCACGUGGGCCCUCGGGAGCGGAGGUAUUCCGUCCUUCUUCACAGGCCCUGUAUCGUGGAGUCCAUACUUUGAAAGAUCUCUCGAAACCCGCACAAACACUAUCGAGGUAGGUCUGAUCGAAGUGUUCGCCGAUACCAGACUUGCCGUAGUCUUUCAAGACCUUAGACACCUGGUGUGUUUGGUCAACAACCACUUGGCAAACAACUCGCGGCUCGACGGCCUGCUGUUCCAAGACUGCUUGGGGUCCGUCCAGGCACGCCUCGUACACCUUCAAGGUGAUCUUGAAGAUGCCUCAGAUGAGUGUCUUCGUCUAGGCAUGCUCGCCUUCCUUUCAACGACGCUUCAGAUUCCGGGCGGAAAGUUUCCGUACGCAUACCUUGCUGCGAAGUUCCGCAUGGCAUGUAAGAACUUCAUCAUACGUACGCCGGUGCACGAGAAACUGCUGUUCUGGAUGCUCAUCGUGGGCUCCAUAUCCGUCUUUGAACCUGACGAGCCAUGUUUACGGUCAAUCUGGUUCACACUAGCAUAUCCAAAGUUAUCAUGGCAUGAGGCUCGUUCCACUUUGCAGACCAUCAUGUGGAUAGAUAGUAUGCACGGGACGAUGGGCCAAUUCGCUUUCUCGAAGGCACGGGAGCUGGGUAACGGAGCCACCGAGGCAAUUCUGGAGCCUUGA